ACUGAACGCGCCUGCGCAAUGGGUGUUGUGUGCGCUUUUUCCCAGUCCCGACGUAAUUCUGGUUUUUGUUCCGCAAUUGGCGGCUUAGAGGCAGAGGCUCUUCCGCCUAUAUCUACCAUAGCUUCUCCACAUAUGGACCCUAAAGGCUACUGCUGCUACUACGGGGCCGGGCAGUUACUGUCUCAGCUCUAGGAUGUGUAUUCUUCCACUGAAAGCUCUUCUGAGGGAGGCAAUUAAAAAACAGUGGAAUGGAAAAACAGUGCUGUAGUCAUCCUAUAAUAUGCUCCUUGUCGACAAUGUAUACCUUCCUGCUAGGUGCCAUAUUCAUUGCUUUAAGCUCAAGUCGCAUCUUACUGGUGAAGUAUUCUGCCAAUGAAGAGAACAAGUAUGAUUAUCUUCCAACUACUGUGAAUGUGUGCUCAGAACUGGUGAAGCUAGUUUUCUGUGUGCUUGUGUCAGUCUGUGUUAUAAAGAAAGGCCAUGGCUGUUAUCUUCUCAAAUUUUAGCAUUAUAACAACAGCUCUUCUAUUCAGGAUAGUGCUGAAGAGGCGUCUAAACUGGAUCCAGUGGGCUUCCCUCCUGAUUUUAUUUUUGUCUAUUGUGGCCUUGACUGCCGGGACUAAAACUUUACAGCACAACCUGACAGGACAUGGAUUUCAUCAUGAUGCCUUCUUCAGCCCGUCCAAUUCCUGCCUUCUUUUCAGAAGUGAGUGUCCCAGAAAAGACAAUUGUACAACAAAGGAAUGGACUUUUCCUGAAGCUAAAUGGAACACCACAGCCAGGGUUUUCAGUCACAUCCGUGUUGGCAUGGGCCAUGUUCUUAUUAUAGUCCAGUGUUUUAUUUCUUCAAUGGCUAGUAUUUAUAAUGAAAAGAUAUUGAAGGAAGGGAACCAGCUCUCUGAAAGCAUCUUCAUACAGAACAGCAAACUCUAUUUCUUUGGCAUUCUGUUUAAUGGGCUGACUCUGGGCCUUCAGAGGAGUAACCGUGAUCAGAUUAAGAACUGUGGAUUUUUUUAUGGCCACAAUGCAUUUUCAGUAGCCCUUAUUUUUGUAACUGCAUUCCAGGGCCUUUCAGUGGCUUUCAUUCUGAAGUUCCUGGAUAACAUGUUCCAUGUCUUGAUGGCCCAGGUUACCACUGUCAUUAUCACAACAGUGUCUGUCCUGGUCUUUGACUUCAGACCCUCCCUGGAAUUUCUCUUGGAAGCCCCAUCAGUCCUUCUCUCUAUAUUUAUUUAUAAUGCCAGCAAGCCUCAAGGUCCAGAAUACGCACCUAGGCAAGAAAGGAUCCGAGAUCUAAGUGGCAAUCUUUGGGAGCGUUCCAGUGGGGAUGGAGAAGAACUAGAAAGACUUACCAAACCCAGGAGUGAUGAGUCAGAUGAAGAUACUUUCUAACUGGUACCCACAUAGUUGGCAGCUCUCUUGAACCUUAUUUUCACAUUUUCAGUAUUUGUAAUAUUUAUCUUUUCACUUUGAUAAACCAGAAAUGUUUCUAAAUCCUAAUACUCUUUGCAUAUAUCUAGCUACUCCCUAAAUGGUUCCAUCCAAGGCUUAGAGUACCCAAAAGCUAAGAAAUUCUAAAGAACUGAUACAGGAGUAACAAUAUGAAGAAUUCAGUAACAUCUCGUACUUGAUAAAUCAGCAAGAUAUAUUUGCAGAUUAUUUUCCUUGGCCUUCAAGUUUCCAAAAAACUUGUAAUAAUCAUGUUAGCUAUAGCUCAUAUAUACACAUAGCGAUCAAUUUGCCAGAUAUUCACAAUUAUGUAGUUCUAGUUUACAUGCCAAAGUCUUCCCUUUUUUAACGUUUUGAUUAUCUAGGUUGUCUCUUGAAUUUGAGGCCCUAGAGAUAGUCAUUUUGCGAGUAAAGAGCAAUGGGACCCUUUCUAAAAAUGUUGGUUGAAGGACCUAAAUACCUGGCCAUACCAUAGAUUUGGGAUGAUGUAGUAUGUGCUAAAUAUUUUGCUGAAGAAGCGGUUUCUCAGACACAAAAUCUCAAAAUUUUAAUUUUUAGAAAUUCAUGAGAAAUUUGAUUUUUAUAAUAAUCUUUUGAUGUUUUAAACAUUGGUUCCCUAGUCACCAUAGCUACCACUUGUAUUUUAAGUCAUUUAAACAAGCCAUGAUGGGGCAUUUUUCGCCUCAGUUUGAGGAGAAAAAUCUUGACGUCAUUACUCUUGAAUUAUUACAUUUUGGAGAAUAAGAGGGCAUUUUAUUUUAUUGGUUAUUAAUUCAAGCUGUGACUAUUGCAUAUCUUUUCAAGAAUUGAGUCGCCGGCUUCAGAAUCAUACCAGCUUGCCAGUAAAGCUGAUGCCUAGGAGCUUUUAAAGGGAUCCUUUCAAAAGGAUCACUUAGCAAACACAUGUUGACUUUUACUGAUAUAUGAAUAUUAUUACUCUAAAAAUAGAAAGACCAGUAAUAUAUAAGUCACUUUACAGUGCUACUUCACACUUAAAAGUGCAUGGUAUUUUGCAUGCAGCCAGUUAACUCUCGUAGGUAGAGAAGUCAGGUGAUAGAUUAUUUUAAAAAUGAGCAAACAAAAGUGACUUGCUCAGGGUCAUGCAGCCCGGUAAUGAUAGAAGAGUGGGCUUUAACUGGCAGGCCUGUAUGUUUACAGACUACCAUACUGUAAAUAUGAGCUUUAUGGUGUCAUUCUCAGAAACUUAUACAUUUCUUCUCUCCUUUCUCCUAAGUUUCAUGCAGAUGAAUAUGAGGUAAUACUGUUAUACAUUCAUUUGUGAUAUCCACAAUAAUAUGACUGACAAGAAUUGGUGGAAAUUUGUAAUUAAAAUAGUUAUUAAACCUGUCUUGUGUUGCCACUCUGUCGUAUAGGGUGUGAUGUGGAGUACUUUUAAUCUUAAAAAAGAGUGAGACAAAAACCCACACAACUUUUAAAACUUUCUCUUUAAGUAGAUCUUAACUUCUAAGAAUAACAAAGGCAUUUUUAUCAGUUAUGUGAAAUAGGAAGAUUAUAUCUAUUAUGGCAAUUUAUUUUAAAGGUAAGGGAAAUGAGGUACAGCAGGACCUUUUUAGGAAAUGUGGCAUACAAAACAUUUUAAUCUUAUAAAACAAAAAUUACAAAAUUAUUUUUACAAAGGUAUCACAUGCAGAAUACAUAAAUAGCAGAUUUCAGUAGUGCAUGGAGAUUGAUUUUCUUAUUUACAAUUAUUUUUGUUCCUCACCUUCCUCUUUGGAAAGCAUUUUUUGCACAAAGUUAAGUUUACUUAUGUUAACUUGCCACUUAACAAGAGAGAGGGAGAGAAAGAGUGAGAGCACAAGAUCAUGUGCUGGAACUAAAAAUGUUAAGUUCUAUUCGACCCAGCAGUCCCUGUAUUGAGUAUCUACCCAAAGGAAAAUAAAUCGUUUUAUCAAAAAGACAUCCCACUGGUAUGUUUAUCACAGCAGUAUUCACAGUAACAAAAUUGUGGACUCAACCUAAGUGUCCAUCAGUAGUGCCUGGAAUAAGAAAAUGUGGUACAUAUAUACCAUGGAAUACUUUGCAGCCAUAAAAAAUAGUGAAACCAUGUGCUUUACAACAACAUGGAUGCAGCUGGAAGCCAUUAUCCUAACUGAAAUAAUUCAGAAAAGAAAAACAAAUACCACAUGUUCUCAAUUAUAAGUGGGAGCUAAACAGUGGGUACACAUGGACACAGGACUCCAAAGUGAGAAGGGUGGUGCAUUAGUCCAUUCUCACGCUGCUAUAAAGAAAUACCCGAGACUGGGUAAUUUAUAGAGAAAAGAGGUUUAAAUAACUCACAGUUCUGCAUGGCUGGGGAGGAGGCCUCAGGAAACUCAUAAGCAUGGCCGAAGGCGAAACAGAAGCAGGCACCUUCUUCACAAGGCAGCAGGAGAGAGUGAGUGCCAACAGGGGAAAUGCCAGAUGCUUAUAAAACCAUCAGAUUUCAUGAGAAUUUACUAUCAUGAGAACAGCAUGGGGGAAACUGUCCCCAUGAUUCAAUUACCUCCACCUGGUUCCUUCCUCAACACCUGGGGAUUAUGGGGAUUACAUUUCAAGAUGAGAUUUUGGUGGGGACACAAAGCCUAACCGUAUGAGAUGGGAAGGGCAUGAGGGUUGACAAAAUACCUGUUGGGUACAGUGUUCACUGUGUGGGUGAUGGGUCCACUGGAAGCCCAAACUUCACCAUUGUGCAGUAUACCAUAUAUACGCAAUGUAACAAACCUGUACAUGUACCCCCUCAAUCUGAAA